GAACUUUACGUUACAUUUCUGCCAGAGGCUGUUUCCGAUGCUCGAACCCGUGACCUCCUGGUCACAUUUUCUCAUUAUUACCCAUAUCCCAUAAAACUAAAUAUAGCAUCAAAAUCCUAUUAUGUUAAUAGAAGUUAACAAAGUUAUUACCCAAUAAACCCGCUUUCAGUUUUCUUUGAAUCUGUUCUAAUGUGCAACAUUCUUGGGGGAAAUGGGUUUUCAACGUACUUGAAGCAGAUUUGACUCGACACAAAGAAAGCUCUCUAGAUCAGAACUGAGUGAGUGCUUAACGGCUCAAAUUCUAGUUUGUUGCCAACGUCCUUGCGAGCCCUGCAUUAAUGGUAUAACUAGUAGGUCCACUGAUGCAUGUACAUGUAUCCUGUUGCACUGACAUAGCUGUUGAAUGUUAUACUUAACUAAUAUCCAACAAUCUUGUCACCUAAGAAAGCCCUGUUACUUUACAUUACCAAGAAUCAGCAGGUUCUCCGUUUGCCUACAGACCAAAAAGAUGGUCAACCAGUGUUCAGGGAAGCGUGAUGCGAGAAAAAGCGACGAGGCUCCACAUCACACAUUACGUGAAGCGUGAAGCGAUGCUAGCGCAUCAUUGAAGUGAAGCAGUGAAGAAGAAGAAGUAGCAGUAGUGGUAGCCGCACAGUGAAGAAGACGAAAUCGCAACAGUGGACUUCAAAGUUAAUUUUAGAAAAUUGCAGCAGUGGUAGUCACUGCAGUAGACUCUUUCUUUUUAAUUUAAAAUUGACCCUAAAUAUAAAAUCAACAUGAAAUGACUCUUUUUUUAAUUUAAAAUUGACCCUAAACAUAAAAUCAACAUGAUGCGCUCUCAUCAGCCACACGCAGCGAGAGGGGCCCGCAUCGCUUUGCAUCAUCGCAUUAUGCGACGAUGCGAGCGCAUUUCUGAACAUUGUGGUCAACACAGUGUGUUGAACAUGUAAGAAUAUGAUUUGUCACUUGGAAUACAAAGACCAUUGCUGGAAUCUACGAAACUAUGUGAAUGUCAUCUUAGUGAUAGAUUAAUGUUGCAUUUCCAUGUAGUUGAAUACUAGUUAUGCCUUACCUUCUAAACAUACGUUGACAAGUUCGUCUUUCUUUUGCACGGACCAUAUUGGACGCGAAUGCACUUGCUGGGUCCUUUGGCAUCAGGGUCCUUUAUUUCAUGAUGGAAUGAAGCAGUGGAGUUGUUGCAAGAAAAAAAGUCAUGAUUUCAGUUUAUUUCUCGAAAUUCCUGGUUGUAAGACAGGAAAGCACACGACAGAAAAACCAGUGAUCGCAAAGCCAUCUGCUACCCAAAAUAAAGCAGUUGCUGCUCCUGCACCAGCUCCUAUGACCAAUGCAUCACCCAAAGAAGCCUGUCCAAGAUGCCGCCAGGGAUUCUUUUGUUCAGAUCACGGUUCACAACCCAAAGAAGCAAUUCCAAAAGCAUCAAAUACAGUACCAUCCGUACCUUUGGAAAGCAAUACAGAUGCACAGGAAGACCAUCCGGCUCCAGUGAAGAAGAAAGUUGAUAUAAACGAACCCCAAAUUUGUAAAAACAAGGGUUGUGGUAAGACCUUUAAAGAAAAAGAAAAUCACGACACUGCUUGCAGUUAUCAUCCUGGCCCCGCUGUCUUCCAUGACCGGAUGAGAGGAUGGAAAUGCUGUGAUAUUCAUGUCAAAGAAUUUGAUGAGUUCAUGAGCAUACCGCCAUGCAGCAAAGGCUGGCACAACGCCGACCCAGUGUCCUAAUGGAUAGGCUCACAGAUGAGCCGGCCAUGACAUGUUUGUUCCAUCAUUUAUCGAUCGACUGACGUUGCUACUGUGGACAUCUGUUGUAAUUUUACUUUCAUUCAGUCCCUCUGCAACUAGUUCUCUCUGUCUGUAAGGUGCCUAAGGACAACUGAGACUGGGAAAAUCUACAAUGUCUGGAUUUUUCGUUUUGCCUAUGUUGCUCGGACUCUUAGAAAAUGUAAAUGCUGCGAGUCGAUGCUCCAUAUGCAUUUUUUGGAGGAUUCUAUGCAAGUGCGGUAAUAUUUUUGAAGAGUCCGAGCGACAUAAGAUUUUGUGAGAUUGGGACCUUAUAACCAGAUUUUGUUAUAAAUUGAAAUGUUAAAGAGA